AUGGGGGUACAGGAUCGUUUUCUGGAUCUGGGAAGAGGCAUGACAUCCCUUGUACGGGAGGCUGAUGAAUCUCAGGGACAAACCAACCCAAUCUUUAAGGAUUACCUCCCUGGUUCUUCUGACCUUCCUGAACAGAAUAAGCCUGUUGAACCAACAAGUCCCUGGAAGCAAACAUCACACAUUCAUAACUUGCCACCUGGUCUGGAGUACCUGAACCAGCUGGACCGGAUAAUAAUUCAUCAGCAGGUGGAACUUCUUGAAGCUAUACUUGGCACAGAGACUUCCAGCAAAUAUGAGAUAAAAAACCAUUUGGGACAAAGAGUUUACUUUGCAGUGGAAGAAAAUGGUUGCUUUGAUCGUAACUUGUGUUCGCCUAUAAGGUCUUUCACCAUAAGGAUUGCUGAUAACACAGGCCGAGAAGUGAUCACGGUGAACAGACCCUUGAGAUGCAACAGCUGCUGGUUUCCAUGCUUCCUGCAAGAGCUAGAAGUUCAGUCCCCACCAGGUACAAUAGUUGGGUACGUUGUACAGAACUGGGACCCUUUUCUGCCUAAGUUUACUAUUCAGAAUGAAAGCAAAGAAGAUGUACUAAAAAUAAUUGGCCCGUAUGCAACUUGUGGCUGUUUUGAAGAUGUUGACUUUGAGGUGAAAGCUCUCAAUGAGAUGUCAACGAUUGGCAAAAUUUCCAAGUAUUGGUCCGGAUUUGUAAACAAUGUCUUUACCAACACUGCCAACUUUGGGAUCCAGGUUCCCAUAGAUCUUGAUGUGAGAAUCAAGGCAGUAAUGAUUGGUGCUUGUUUCCUCAUUGACUUAAUGUUCUUUGAAAACUCUUUGGAUGGAUUAUAA